AUGAAACAUGGAUCCUUGGAUAUACUAGAGGUGGAAUCGGAGGUGUACCAGAUGUUGAUGAGGCUCAUGGGCAAUCAGAAAAGCAAGGAGUGUAGAAUAUUUCUGUUAGAGCAAAAAUGGUGUCACGAGGCUGUGCUCCUUCUAAUCGACCAGAAGUCGGAGUUAUCAAACAUUUUCAACUCCAGCACAAUUACACAAAAACAGGCCUGGAGGAGAAUGUCUGAGGAGAUGUGUAAGAAGGGCUACAUAUUCACUGGAGAAGAAUGCAGUAGGAAAUUUCGAUCCCUGAAAAUGAGGUAUAAAAUUAUCAUGGAGAGAAAUUCUAAGACUGGCAACAGUCGCCAGUCUUGGCAGUACUUCAGUGAAAUGGAGAAUCUUCUUCUUGGUGACCCUGCAGUACAACCAGUGGCUGCAGCCUCCAGCUUACCAAUAACAUCAGCACCAACUCCAACUCCAUCCUCUCCUAAGAAAAGGAAAACCAACAGUUCGAGAGAACCCAAAUGGGUAGGAAGUUUCAGGGCAGAGCUUCGGGCUAUGCACGAGGAGAGGAUGGAGUUGGAGAAGGCGAAGCUAAGUCUGGAGGAGAGGAGGGUCCAGGCUUUGGAACGUCUGGCCAAUGCCUCAGACCAAUAGGUAAUUAAAAUAUACCCCAUGUAAAUGUAAUCAGUUGUAGCUUAAUAAAACACUACCUGUCACUAAGAUAUAUAUAUAACAGUUAUACCUUAGUCUUGUCAAUUAUAUAUGGAUACCCUUACCAAAAUAUACAUGUAAGCCCUCUGGCACACAGUUGCAGCACAUUUGCAGGAAGUUUGCCGCAACUAGUUGCAGCGCAUUUGCCACAAGUAUACUUUUCGUAUGCAAAUUUUUCCUCUGGCAC